GGACGCACAGCUGAAAUGUACCAACGAUGGCGGCGGUGUCUGUCGGCCCUACCGCUCGUUGCUGCGACAUCAUCGUGGCAUGUGACGUCGAAUGAGUCUUUCGUGCAGACGGAGCAGCAAAAGGGGAGACAGACCACGUCCAUAUCGGACAAGUACGAAGUCGGCAAGGUCAUCGGCACGGGCGGGUAUGCUGUCGUCAAGAUUGCCAAGGACAAAGCAACCGGUCAGGAAGUGGCCGCCAAGUUCUUCGACAUGAAGUCGGCGUCCACAGCAGAGAUCGAGGCAGAGAUCGACAUGCUCCGAUGGAUCGGCACCCAUGCCAACAUCGUGUCGUUGCGAGACGUGAUCUACGAACCCACAGACAUUGUCAUGGUCAUGGACCUCGUUCGGGGCGGCGAGCUUUUCGACUACAUUGUUAGCCAGGGCUCCAUCACCGAAGCCGACGCCAGCCGCAUGCUCCAUGACGUGUGCCUCGCUCUGCAGCAUCUCCACGAACGGGGCGUAUGGUGCGUCGCCAUCACAACCAUCUCACAUCGAACCAUGUCAUGCAUCUCUUGUAGCCACCGAGACCUCAAGCCUGAAAACCUCCUCUUGACCGAAGUGUCCGCCGACGCCGACAUCAAAAUUGCAGACUUUGGCCAAAGCCUGCGGCACGCCGUUGGGUCCAAGCUCAACGACGCGCCCCCCGGCGGCACCAUCGUAUACUGGGCGCCUGAAGUGAUUAAGCGUGCGCCACAGGAUUGUGCUGUCGACAUGUGGGCAUUUGGGGUGCUGCUGUACAUAACCCUCACGGGCAUCCACCCAUUCGAUCCCAAAGGCAACUACUCGGAUGCCCACAUCAUCAGCUUGGCCGUGCGCGGCGCCUACGAUGUGUCCAAUUCAUGGUACAAGAGCUUGAGCGACGAGGCCAAAGACUUGCUGGGCAAAUUGCUCACAGUGGACCCGAACGCCCGGUACACUGCGGCCCAAGUGCUAGGACAUCCGUGGAUGCAUCCGCGGCUGCGGCGACGGCUGAGCACCCGCUUCAGAGACGGCUUGUCGAGUCGUCUGCAGGGGUACCGCCGUCUCCAGCACCUUCGCGCCAACAUUGUGACUGUAUUGCUGUCGAACCAGCUGCAGAAUACAUCGCAAAGCAACUGGCUCACGAAUCAAAACCGCCAGUCGAAACCCACGCAGCAACUGCACACACUCAACCAACACGUGUACGAAGAAGUGUUUGCCUUGUUUGACCAAGACCAGAGCGGUAGCAUUUCCAAACAUGAACUCGCAGACGUGUUAAAAGCGCUCGGACAACAGUAUACGCCAGCGGAGAUCGAUGCGAUCAUGGUAUCGGCCGACGUGGACGGUGACGGUGGCAUUUCGUUGAUGGAGUUUACGACGCUCGUCAACUCGAGUCUGGUGCAAGUGGGCCAGUGGAACGACGCCGACCUCCACGCCGCCUUCCAAAUUUUUGACGUGAACCACGACGGGUUUAUUUCGGCGGACGAGUUGGCAUAUGUACUGAAUAUUCUCGACAAGACGCCCAUCUCCCCCGCUGAACUCGCCGAUUUGAUCGAAUCGAUUGACGAAAAUGGAGACGGUCAAAUCGACUACAAGGAGUUUUCAACCCUCAUGCAAACGUGGCUUGUUGAAGGCCGGGGAAGCUAGCUAGCUAGUUUUACUAAUGUUAUCGUCUAUGUAUUACUAUAUAUAUAUAAGUAUGUAUCGUCA